ACUUGAGACAGCAUGGUAGCAGAGACAUGCGUCUAAUGUUUAGACAAGGCAAAUAGGAUUUGAUUAGCUAGCUAACGUUAUUUCUUACUAACAUGGAUGUGCAAUUGAAAGGAUCAGAUGAAGACGGAUUUGGAAUAGAGAUUGUUCUUCAAGAGGGAGACAAAAAAGCACCAUCUUGUGUACAUGGUCCAACAUUGUUGUUUGAGAAGAACUGCAAAGGAGAGGAGAAAGUCCGGAGGUUUUAUGCCUGCUCAGCGUGCAGAGACAGAAAAGAAUGCAAUUUUUUUCAGUGGGAAGAUGAAAAGGUGUCUGAGGCCAGGCUUUUGGCCCGAGAGGAGGAGAACCGGUCAAAGAUGCCAACUUUUACCCAUCAGGAGUACUGCUCCAGGUUUAAAAAGUUCCUCGCUCUUCCCCUAGGAAGGAAGUUCUGCCAGGACUGCCAGCUUCUCCUCCUACCAGGAGAAUGGGAAGCCCACGCAUCUCACAAGAUGUCGCAGGCUGAUGACAUCACAGAGGCCCGGCUGAGCAGGCCCAGUCUGAUGUUGAAACCCCUGGAGAACAAGAAGAGUAACGCCCAGUACCUCUUCGCCGACCGCAGCUGUCACUUCCUGUUGGAUACCAUGGCCAAGCGGGGCUACAGGAAGGUUCUCUGUGUCGGAACACCCAGACUACAUGAGCUGAUCAAGCUAAGAAACCAGGAAGGUAAGGGUGAGCCCAUGAAGAGUCUGCUACUGGAUAUAGACUUCAGAUAUGCUCAGUUCUAUGGCGAGGACGAGUUCUGUCACUACAACAUGUUCAACCAUCACUUCUUUGGAGGAGAGGCAGGGAGCGGGGUCCUCCAAGCCUUCCUCAGUGAGGAAAAUGGGGAGAAGGUAAUCCUGGUGUCUGACCCUCCAUUCGGGGGCCUGGUGAAGCCUCUGGCCCACAGUUUCUCCCAAAUCUCAGAGACGUGGCGGAAACUGCAGACCGCCGAGAACAGUGUUGUGGAGAUACCUAUGGUGUGGAGCUUCCCCUACUUCUUUGAGCCGCGCAUCCUGGAGUGCUUCCCCUCUUUCACCAUGCUAGACUACCAGGUGGACUAUGACAACCAUCCCCUCUAUAAACAUGGAAAGACGGGCAGAAAGCAGUCCCCUGUCCGCCUGUUCACCAACCUGACACCACGAGACAUCAUCCUCCCUAAGGAGGAGGGUUACAGAUUCUGCAAAGUCUGUGAGAGAUAUGUGUGGUCUGAGAACAAGCAUUGUACUAAAUGCAACUUGUGCCCUUCAAAGGAUGGGAGAGAGUGGAAGCAUUGCUCAGAGUGUCAGAAGUGUGUGAAGCCAUCCUGGCGUCACUGCCAGUCCUGUGGGCGCUGUGCCCUCCGGGACCAUCCCUGUGGGAACAGCCCGGGUCUGGAAGGUUGUUUCAACUGUGGCAGCUUGAAGCACAAACACAGAGCCUGUCCCCUCAAAGACAAACAGAGGACCAUUAACAAUAAAGGAGGCAGGAUCCUGCCCAAACAACAACCCAAAAAGUCAAAUUCCAAGAGGAAGUCUGGAGCCCAGCGCAGAGCCAACAAGUUGAAGAAGACAGCAGAAUAGGUCACAUAACCCCACUUUCACAAUCACCACACAGCAAGGGAGAUGUGUGUGUAGCAGAUGUGAAGCAGUUAGUCACUAGUUGCCAUCUUACAUGUGUGGUUGCUGUACUGUAGACAAAGAAUCUUUAAAGAAAUGUAAAUUAUGUUUUUGCUUAAUAAAGAUAGAAUGUUACACCACCA